GUGGGGGUAAGGGAGGGGAUAAGGGUGUGAAUGUGGUGCCAGGUGGGGACAGGGACGUGGUUCAGGGUAGAGGUAGAGUUGUCUUCAAGAUGGAUAGUGAUGUGAAAGCCUCUCCAUCUAAAGAAGACUGCAGUACCAAGACCCAGGCUGCUGCUGUCAUCGCUAAGAAACUAACAGACAACAACACCACAACAACACCUGCUGCUGUCAUCGCUAAGAAACUAACAGACAACAACACCACAACAACAGCUGGUGCUGUCAUCACUAAGAAACUAACAGACAACAACAACACAACAACAGCUGGUGCUGUCAUCGCUAAGAAACUAACAGACAACAACACCACAACAACACCUGCUGCUGUCAUCGCUAAGAAACUAACAGACAACAACAACACAACAACAGCUGGUGCUGUCAUCACUAAGAAACUAACAGACAACAACACCACAACAACAGCUGGUGCUGUCAUCGCUAAGAAACUAACAGACAACAACACCACAACAACAUCUGGUGCUUCAAGUCCUCCGUGGCAUCCUGUAGGACUGAAGAAGACCGAGAACAGAUCUCCCUCUCUCAGACCUGCCCCUGCUGAAACGCCUAAGAAAGAGACGGAGACUCCUAAAAAGGAGACUGGGGGCCGAGUUAAGCUAAAAGCAGACCCGUCUCUCCUCGCCCCCCUCACCCCCAACACCUCCACCCCGACCCCAGCCAGCAGAACAGGCCUGUGGAACAAAACCCUGGAUAAGGCAUCCGGAGCUGCUUCUCCCAGCAACACUAUGGCAACAGCAGACAACAGCAGCUCUCCUGCUGACUGGCGGUCCAGACUCAAACCUGCCUCCAAGCCUGUAGGACCUAAAGACUCCUCUCCCCUCCACCCUGACAUUCAGAAGGCUGAAACCCUGUCUCGGCCCUGGGCCGGUGGAUCAGGAAACGCCCAGGCUUCAGUCCCUGCUGGGUCUACUCUGGCCCCCUCCAGCCCCCCAGAAGCCUCCUCACCCAGCCCGCUGAACACCGGCCCUGGGACAUGGGGCGUCCUGACAGGGAAGAGCUCAACGACAGCUAACGGCUCCAACAUAGACACCAAGACACCUAAACCAAGUAAACCCGACUACAUCCCGAAGGAAGAGAUCCUCAGAGAGCUUCAGGAGAUAGAGGACAGUGUUAAUGAGUUGGAGAGGAAAGGAGUGGACCUGGAGAAACAACUACGCUCAUGUGAAGAGGAGGGAGAAGAGGACGUGGUGAUGGAUGACCUGAUGGUGGAAUGGUUCAACCUCAUCAGAAACAAGCAGGUGUCCAUGAGGAGAGAGUCUGAACUGGUCUACAUAGCGAAGACACAGGACUUGGAGGAACAGCAGCCCAGUGUAGAGCAGGAGCUGAGAAGACUCAUGGACAAACCUGAGCGGCUGAAGACGUUGUGGGACCGUCGUAGAGAAGAGGAGUUGAUGGUCAAGCUGGUGGAGAUCGUCAAUGACAGAAACGCCAUCAUAGACGGACUGGACGAUGACAGACUCAGGGAGGAUGAGGAAGAUGAGCAGCUCAAUAAGAUGAUGAAGACCCUAGACACAAAGAAAGAAAAGAAGAAGAAGUCCAGCUUUAAGUUGUUUGGUAGGAGCAAGAAGGAGGGAUGAUCCCACGGGGAGGAACUCUGGGACACACUGUUACCCUGCUUGAGAUGUGGUUAUCACUGUUUUGAUAGUUGAUGUAUUGAAGUCUGUUAGGUCUCUGGUUCAUGUCUAUAAUACCCUCCUGACAUGAACCAGAGACCUGAAACCCAGUAUAACACUACACCACCCGGUGUCUGUAUGUAAUGUGUCUAUAAUACCCUCCUGACAUGAACCAGCCCUGAAACCCAGUAUAACACUACACCACCCGGUGUCUGUAUGUAAUGUGUCUAUAAUACCCUCCUGACAUGAACCAGCCCUGAAACCCAGUAUAACACUACACCACCCGGUGUCUGUAUGUAAUGUGUCUAUAAUACCCUCCUGACAUGAACCAGCCCUGAAACCCAGUAUAACACUACACCACCCGGUGUCUGUAUGUAAUGUGUCUAUAAUACCCUCCUGACAUGAACCAGCCCUGAAACCCAGUAUAACACUACACCACACGGUGUCUGUAUGUAAUGUGUCUAUAAUACCCUCCUGACAUGAACCAGCCCUGAAACCCAGUAUAACACUACACCACCCGGUGUCUGUAUGUAAUGUGUCUAUAAUACCCUCCUGACAUGAACCAGCCCUGAAACCCAGUAUAACACUACACCACCCGGUGUCUGUAUGUAAUGUGUCUAUAAUACCCUCCUGACAUGAACCAGCCCUGAAACCCAG